UUUUUAAGUAGUAAUCAUCAGUUCAUCACCAUCAUUAUAAUAAAAAAACCUGAAUAAAUUGAGAAUAAAGUUAUCUACUCUAGAAGUAUCCAUGGAUUUGAAAAAAGGAGGAAUUGAGAAAUGGAUUUGAAAAAUAUCCACAUUAUGCAAAGCCCAAAUUCACAGUAUGAGAGGAGUCAUCUGAGAAACCCUGGCCGUUGGAUUUCUUCGAAAGUCGAUGCGCCAAUGGAACCGGGCCCCACACGCACCCAUCCGUUACACCUCUACCCUAACCCGCCCCUUAAACGUGGCAUUAUCUCCCUAUAUAUUCAAGCACUGCCGCAGAACACCGAGAAGCAUCUAGGGUUUGUGAGUGAAAAAACAAACAACAAUGGCUGAGGGAGAUCAGGGUAGGCAGUUGGGCUCCGUCAAGUGGUUCAGUGAGGAGAAGGGCUUCGGCUUCAUUACUCCCAACGACGGCGGCAACGAUCUUUUCGUCCACCAAUCUGGUAUCAGAUCUGACGGAUUUCGUGUCCUCGGUGAAGGCGAGGAUGUUGAGUUCACUGUGGAGGAAGGUAGCGACGGCCGUACCAAGGCCGUCGACGUUUCCGGCCCCAACGGAAACCCGAUAGAAGGACGCGGAGGUGGCGGCGGCGGAGGCCGUGGAGGCCGUGGCGGUGGCUACGGAGGCAGAGGCGGAGGUGGCCGAUCUGGUGGCUACGGAGGAGGUGGGGGAAGCUAUGGUAGCGGAGGAGGUGGCUACGGUGGAGGAGGCGGCUACGGUGGAGGAGGCGGAAGCUACGGUGGAGGAGGCGGAAGCUACGGUGGAGGAGGCGGAAGCUACGGUGGAUCAGGCGGCGGAGGCCGUGGGGGAGGCGGUGGCGGAGGUUGCUACCGUUGCGGCGAAGACGGCCACUUUGCCCGAGAGUGCACACAGAGCGGUGGAGGCGGCGGCGGCGGCGAUCGUUAUGGCGGUGGAGGUGGCGGUGGACGCAGCGGUGGAGGCGGCGGCGGUUGCUUCUCCUGCGGGGAGGAGGGUCACUUUGCCCGGGAAUGCCAGAACAGCAACCGUUGAUCUGUCUCUCCAACUACUCAGAGAAUGACAUUGUGAAUCUUCACAUACCUCAUCUCUGUUUUAUAUUAUCAUGUCUCUCUUUUUAUGUGUCUUAUGUGUAUUGAAGGAUUUAGCUAACUGCCAUCUCCAGGGCGUUAUCCUUUAGCCAGUUUUUGUUCUAAGAAGUGGAUUAGUCUGUGUUAAUGGAACUGGUUCUCAGAAAUAUAUACUAUUGCCUUAUGCGUGGUUUUACCCAGAAAUCUUUUGAUCUUUACAUUUCAUAACCCUAUGCUGUUUUAAGAUCUGUGAAUAUCUGAGUAUUAUUUAGAGCAAUGCCCC